AAUAAAUCUUUAUGGUGCAUAGAAAUGUGUUGCUUUCCGGUGUAAUCUAUGCUCAUGUAUAACUAAAGAAAUGUAUGUAAUGUAUCGAGAAAAUGAGCUAUCUACAUAUUGUGAACUCGUAGGUUGUGAUAUCCCUAAUUAUCCCAGGUUGGAAUUCUGUUGUCUCCUUCGCAAGCUACAUCAGAUUUAAUAAUUUGUUCAAGGUCAUUUAAUUUGUGCAUAUCAGAUUUCAGGAAGUUGGAAUAUCUUAGACACGUAAUGAAGACCAUCUUUUUAGAUUUAAUGGGCUUUAUUAUUUUGUUUUAAAAUACUCUCUGUAUAGAUUUGCUAGAACUCACUAAAGAGAACUGCCCACGUUACAGCCAAAUUUCUGUAUAAUAUCCAGACAAGAUGAAAAAUAUGUUGCUGAAAAUGCAUGGUUUCGCUAAUUUUAAACUUUUCCAAGUCCUUUUCCUCAUCCAGACAUCCCUUUUCAAAGUUGGGUUAGCCUCCUUCACCGCCAUACUGUGGCAUUUUACUUGUGAUCCCAUAAACUUCCUUUGCCGUUACAUUCUUCAACCUCUUAAUUGUUCAUUGCACAUUUGUCAACAUCCCCUUUCACAAGUAUUCUUAGCCUUACACUUAGCUUUUUGAUUCCUAAGUCAUUCAAUUUUGCCUCUUUUCUGACCUCCAUCAACCCUAGACAACAUUAACUUCAGAUAGCAUCCGUCCAAAUCCAUCUUUUAUUCUAAGAUCCCUUCGCUCGUCAAUCCUUCUUUCACCAUUUACUUCCCUCAGAGCAACUUUUUACUCUCAUUAGAGUUGUUCACUUUCCCUCCUCUCUAUCUUGACUUGCUUCAACCACAUAAUGAUCAAUAUUGCCUGGCACUCCUUUUAUGAGAUAUACUUAUAAAUAUUCUUUGGAGACCAUAUAUUUGCAAGAAUCAAGCCUCAUCCCAGAUAUAUUUUAAUUCCUACUAACAGCACCAGCUUCUGUGUCAUCUACCUUUGCAUUAAUACGACCUAAUACAAAAAUUCUUUCAUGUUCUCCAGAUUCAGACUUUCAAAUAGAUUGUCUUUCACUGUCAUUCUUUUCCUUUCAAGGAACUAUUUAGUACACUCACUAUUUUAACUUGUACUCCAAGCACAAUCUGUCUCAAGUGCAUUUGCAUUAAAUCACCCACCCCCAAAAAUCUUUUAGACUACAAAUGCUACUCGUUCCCUGCCAGCACCCCUUUCAACUACCCUGGAUAUGAUGGGUUGCAAGAGACAUCCAAGCUGCUCAAACUAAAAAAAAAAAAACAUUGUGAACAGUGCUCUCAAAAACGAGGAAUUUAGGAGCGAGUUUGCUUUUCUGUGACUGAUUGCAAACCCUUAAAACAUUUAUUAGUAUUUUAUUUCUUUUCUAAUGAAAUUCAGUAUCUGUACACACCCUGAAAGCAAAAUCCAUGCUAUGAGAUAUUUGGUAUCUGUUCUGCCACAUGAUUGGUGAUAAUUCUGUCAUUUUCUUUUCCUCGAAUCCCAGCGGAACAAAGUGUGUGAUAGCCAUUAGCGUUGGGAGAGGGGUCUCUUCCAACAAGGGGUUCACAACUUUUUAUUAGGUGUCUAUGCAUAUAUAUGUUUGUGUUUAAUGUGAGCUAUUGUUGCUACAGUACUUUGUAUGGUUUAUCUUGCAGAAGAUCUUAUGAGGUCAUGUUCUAACUACCCUUUUAUUAUUAUUAUUUCACUAGAUAUAAAAACCCAGACAAACUAGUUCACAUCAAAUCCCGAGUAUUGGCAGCACCUGAUGCACUAACAGGAACCUCACUCUCAGCCUCAACACCAGCUGUCAGAAGUAGAAGUCCAUCUUAUAUUGUCCCUUCAUCUUUUAGUAUGUCGUCACUUGCGAAUAACAAUGAUGGGCCUCUGCCACAAAAUGUUCCCUUACAAGAGAACACAGGAGAUGAAUGUAUAUAUGCUAACGUAUCGCUACAAGAGAACGCAGGUGAUGAAUGUAUAUAUGCUAACAUGUCGCGUCGUAUCCCGUUCAGUGAAGUAGAGAGGUAUUUGAAUAUGACCAUCAACUCCGAGAAAGCUUUGCAGGAGUUUAAGAUCAUUCCAGACUACCUGAAAGAUAUGACAGUUGGAACUCAACCAUUAAACAAGAAGAAGAAUAGAUACAGAAAUAACCUCCCAUAUGAUGAGACAAGAGUGAAAUUAAGCAUAAUCAACGAUGAUCCAUCAAGUGAUUACAUCAAUGCUAACCACAUUCAGGGGUAUUCCAGCAUCAAGUAUAUAGCCACUCAAGGACCAAUGGAUCAGUCAUUAUCAACUGUCAAAGAUUUUUGGAGGAUGAUUGUGGAACAACAGGUUACUGCGAUUAUCAUGGUAUCCAGUUUUGAAGAAGGACAGGUAAUGCCUCCUGCAUAAAGUUACUUAAUUUAUAGGGAACAGAAACCAAAACGUCACUUUUUUUUAUAACUGUUGGGCCUAGGAACUAUUAAGGA